AUGUCCAGACAAUGGAUCCUCGCCAGUCAGGAAGGCUUUGAGGCUUCCCUAAAAUAUCAGGAAAAUGCCAGAAUUCCGUCACCAGACGAGCUCGGCUCCAAUGAGGUCCUCGUGAAAAUCCACGCCGCCAGCCUCAAUUAUCGCGAGAUUUCAAUCGCAGAUCCAAAGGGUGUCAAUGGACUCAUUCAGCCCCCUAUCAUACCGGCAUGCGACGGGGCAGGAGUCGUUAUGGCAGUUGGAUCAUCCGUCCAGGAGUUCCAGCCCGGAGACCGAGUUGUCGCGUAUCCGGCACCGAAGCUUGUGGAAGCCAGCGGCGACAACGCGUUCGCAAGUCUUGCAGAUGUCCCUUCUAUGCUGGGCCAAGGAACUGACGGAACGUUGCGUUCCAUUGGUGUCUUUGCGGAAAAGGCCCUCGUCCACGCCCCUGUGUCUUUGGACUGGCUGCCAGCGGCGACGCUCACGUGCACCUGGACGACUGCAUGGAACUCGCUCUUCGGAGUGGAAGGCAGAGAGGCCGGGCCAGGAACGUGGGUUCUUGUCCAAGGAACAGGCGGCGUGAGUAUCGCCACGCUUCAGCUCGCAGCAGCGGCUGGGGCGACAGUCGUCGCCAUCACGUCGACUGGAGAAAAAGAGGCUCGUUUGAGGGCGCUUGGAGCGACGCACACGGUUAACUAUCGCUCAAACCCCGACAGCUGGGGCCAAAAGGCUCGGAGCCUGACGCCAGGCGGGAGAGGAUUCGAUAUUGUCGUCGAUAUUGGUGGCAACCAGACACUCUCCCAGUCUCUAGUAGCCGUGCGUGUUGAUGGUAUUGUUUUGGUGGUUGGAGGUGUGGGAGAAAACACGGCGCCAGUCCCUUUGUUCGCGGCCUUGAUGCACACUUGUAUGGUCCGUGGGCUGCUGUGUGGGAGCCGAGCCCAGUUGAAGCAACUCGUGCGCUACAUUGACGAGAAGGGCAUCCAGCCUGUCGUGGAUGACGUCGUAUUCGAGCUUGCAGAGGCCAAGGAUGCUUAUAGACGCCUGAAAGAUAAGAAGCAUUUCUCCAAGGUCGUUAUACGGGUUGACCAUCCAGACGCAUGA